AUGUCCGAUCUCUCCUCAAAGCUGGAGCCAUUCCUGCUCCUCGCAAGAUCGACCAAAGGCGCUGCAGCAGCCAAGAUCAUCAUUGACGCAACCGCCGCGCCCGGCGUAUAUGUGUUCUCUGAGCUGUUGGGAAUUCCAAAUAUACAAGAGCUCUCCACCGAUCCAACAUAUCAGAAUCAUUACCGAUUACUGCAAGUAUUCGCUUAUGGUACUUUGACAGAUUAUGAGAGCAACUCAAGUUCAUAUCCCUCGUUAUCACCCACGCAUAUCCUCAAGCUCAAACACCUCACGCUUGUUUCGUUGGCAUUACAGCAUAGGUCCUUGAUAUACGACCAACUCUUAUCAGCCCUUCGCCUCGACACGAUCCGUCAAUUAGAAGACCUGAUAAUUGAUGUGAUAUAUGCUGGAUUACUGGGCGGCAAGAUGCACCAUCGUGAAAAGGUAUUGCAUGUCGAUUGGGUAUCAGGAAGAGAUCUGCAGGAGAAAGAUUUGUUAGGUGUUCAGAAUAAUCUGGCGAACUGGUGCAAAACGGCCGAAACACUCCUUACAACCCUUGACACCCGUAUACUCGAACUCAAAGAAUCUUCUGCUCAAGAACUUGCAAGAUCUAACGAAUACAAGGUAUACAGAGAUAGGGAGUAUCAAAUGAUUUCGUUGGAAUUGAAGAGCUCAAAAGCAAGACAGGAUCCUUUCGGUGAUAGAGUUCUAGGUUCAGGACUGGGUACGGGUCCCGCUAAAUUCCCUGGGGCUGGAGGGAUGAGUCAGGAUGCUCUGUUGGCUGCAAUCGCCGGUGGGGGAGGUAUGGGUGGAGCAAGUGGGAGAUUACCGACACGUAAUGUUUCGAGUCCUGAUGAGUUGGAUGUGAACAGAUCGUUCAAGAGAUCAAGGGAUUAG